AUGACUACUGGGAGCCCCAUGCCGUCUGUGCAGCGAGGCCAGCCGGCCAACCCCGUUUCAGUACCAUCCCACAUCGUUGCCAAAGCGGGUCGCCAGAGUGGCACCCCACGGGCCGUGCCUGGGCCUUCUUACGAAAGUGAGGAAGAAGGGGAGGGCCGAGCGACAGUAGAGGAGCGACUCAAUGACAUAACACGAUCUGUAAAGAGCCACGCGAAUGCAGCCGGGGCGGGCUAUGUAGACGAAGUUGCCAGGCGGCAUAUUGAGGAUGCUGCUAAGCGCCUGGCAGCGGAGAGGGGCCUUGCUGCUGCGUCGCAGGACAAUGCCAAGGCGGUGGUGGUGGCAGCGGCAACGGGGGACCGGGGGGUCUUAACAGCAGUAACGGCCACGGCGGCUGCGGCGGAGGCAGCAAAUAUCCCGUCGUGUGUAGCACCCGCCGAUGCCGACGCAGCUGCAGCAGCGGCGGCACCGCCACUGAUGCCGUUGACGACGGCGGCGCCGCUGGAGGCGGCAGGUUGCGGGGACUCAGCGGCCGGUGAAGCAGCUACGAUGUACGACGUUGACUUGAACAUUGACUUGUCGAAGGGCGAAUUGAAGGUUGACUACAGCACUCGGGGGCUGCUGGGUCAAGGCGGUUUCGCUGCGGUGUAUAAAGGGCGCUACAAGGCUCAGCGGGUGGCUGUCAAGAUGAUAAAGAAGACGGCCGGGUCGACUUUGGCUGACUUGCAAGAGGACGUGAGGGCACUCAUCCACGAGCUGCACAUUCUCCGACAGCGCACCGGUUUACCUGUAAAGCUCCAGAUAUUUGACUGUGAUAUCAGUUGCAUCACGUCUAUGGUUGGACGGGCAGAGACCGCAUUGUUUGUGGUUUCAUGGAUGUGGGUGGGGGUCGACCACCCUAACAUUGUGAAGCUGUACGGCGGCUGUCUCACACCACCACACAUAUUCCUCGUUGAGGAGCGGAUGGAGGGGACGUUGGACUUUUACGUACACCAUGUACGGAAACAUGAUGCUUUGAGUGUACGGGAGGUGCUUUACUUUGCCUUGGACAUUGCCUCCGGUCUGUCGUACUUGCACCCAAGCCGGGACGGACGCUGCAAGAUCUCGGACUUCGGCUUGGCACGAACAAAGAUCAAGGAGUAUCUGAGCACUAAGAAUCUAGACGCGGGCACGACCGCCUAUAUCGCCCCGGAGUGCUUCGUGUCCAUGGACAACCCCGAGCUACACGACUUGAGGCGAUCUGUCACGGACAGGACCGACGUGUACGCGCUCGGCAUCAUCAUGUGGGAGAUGUUGGCGGGCAAGAGGCCCUGGCAGGGUUUGAAACCGCUGCUGGUGGCUUACCAGGUGGCUUACCGCAGCCUUCGGCCGCCUCUAUUUGAGCUCGGAGCCCGCUGUCCCCUCAAGCUGCGGCAGCUGAUUGAAGAGUGCUGGUGUCAGGAGCCGAAGUUGAGGCUGAGCAGCCAGCAGGCGGUGGACCGACUACUGGAGAUUCUGAACGAGCUGCCUGCUGGCCAGGUGCCGGUGGUUGGACCUUUGUUUGUGUUUGUACGUCCACCAGGAUACACCGGUGGAUGCUAUGGUGGCAGCGGCAGCGGCACUGGCGCCGCCGCCGCUUUUGCCAAUGCUGCCGGAUUGCUAUCUGGUCCUCCCCUCGAGUUGUGGUGGGAACAGACGUCGGCGAUGCAGCGCGCAGGCCGGCAUCCGAAGGAGAAGAGAAAAUGCUGCGAAUUUGCUUUUUUCCUAAUCUUUGCCUGCACGCGGCUAACGUCCACAGAAAUUGGAAACCUCAAAUAUUUAAAUUCAACAUGCAUUCAUGUCGGGGCGAUAGCGACGGGUGUCUGUGUGCCGCUGCAUGGUAAGUUUGCUCCGGAGACAUCCCGAUGUCCGUUGUCUGGGGGCGAUAUGAGGCGGUAUGAGGCGAUAUGA